AUGGCCGCGCCGUCAACGCCGCCGCCUUCGGCCAUGAAGGUCAAGGAGCUGCGCGAGAACCUCAAGGCCCGAGGCCACACCGACAUCGCCAAGCUCAGAAAGGCGGAGCUCGUCAAGAGGUACGAGGAGGAGCUGAAGAACGAGACCGCGGCGAAGGGCGCGGCUUCCCCGGCCUCGCCGCGGUCCGCGAUCACGCCCAAGCGCCUCGCGGGGCGCAUGGCCGCACCCGCGACCAGCCCCCGGCGCGGCCGCGCCCGCGCCGCGGCGCCCAAGAGCAGCCCCGCGAAGUCCCCGUCGCCGGCGCGCGGCCGCGGACGAGCGCGCAAGAGCACGGACGCCCCCGUACGCCGCCCCAGGGCCUCAAGCCGGGCGACGCGCAGGAAGGCGCCUGAGCCCAGUCCGCUGGUGCCGGUCCUGAUGGUUCUGCUCGUCGUCGUCGUCGCGAUCGGCGUGAUGCACAUCAAGACGGUCCAGGACCUGCUCCCGCGGCAGCUCGACAAGGCCCUGUACAACACGUUCUGCAAGCCUGCGAUGGAUGUCGCUGACAAGGUGGCAAGCCUGCUGCGGUGA